AUGGCAGCUGUGACUCGUACCACUGCGAAUGAACAUGAAUUCCAUAUUAUACGAGGUAGAAAUGAGGGCCCGAACUAUGGAAAAGAGCACAUCAGCCGUGUGAAGCAGGCGCUGAAGCUAAAAGGCGAGCGGGAGAAUAUCAUGGUGCAUUGUUCGCAUAGUAACUUGGAGAAAAACCAUCGAAACCAGGCAGUUGUGGCUACGAAUGUGGCUGGUCAGGUUGCAAGUGGAGAGACUGCAGUCGCUGGUGUGAUGAUCGAGAGCAAUCUCAAUGAAGGCAAUUUAAAGGUGCCUCCACAAGGGGAGAGUGAGCUUCACCCUGGGGUCAGUAUCACCGAUGCCUGCAUUGAGUGGGAGACAACUGUGGAUGUUUUGCAAAUCCUGAGAAAUUGCUGUUUCGGUAUAACUAGACAAUUUGGGCCCAAGGCCCCAGCUAUCGAGUGCGCCGGAAAAGAACCUUACAAAAUCCUAUUUCCAAACAUUCCGAACAUUCCGUUCAAAACAAUCAAAUUCCAAUAUGCAGGAACCAACCUACGACUCCAGCCGCCCGAUGCCCUCGCUCGAGGUCGCCUACUCGUACAAGCUGGUCGGCAUCCCGAACAAGACUAUCGUCAGCCUGCGCGUCGAAUUCCCACCCAACGGAUCAACCCCCCGCAUCGUCACGGGGGCGCGAACGUGGGCGCAUAUGUCCUCAAAGGGACGCUGCUCAAUAAGAUGAAUGACGAUCCUAUGAAAACCAUCGAAGAGGGCGGAAGCUGGUUUGAAGCACCGGGGUGCCAUCAUCGCAUCAGCGAUAACGCUAGCAAGACCGAGCCGGCGACGCUCAUUGCUACCAUGAUCACGGAUACUGAAGCCUUUGAGAGGGAUGGAAUGGGGGCUCUCCUCCAGAUUGACGAGGAGUACCGGAAAUGA